CACGGUCACCUCCUUCUCAAACUCGGCGCCUUCACGCCCCAUUGUAUAUGAGAAGCUUCUUCAGAAUCAUAGUCAACGACCUCCACCACUUCCACGCCAGAAUGUCCGGACCACCCAAGUCCAACGUCCCAGCACACAACCCCUCCUCGCUCAACCCCCUCAACCCACCCCACCUGAACCGCCUCCCUCACGCCUCCUCAAUCGAAGCAAUCCGCCUCACAAUCAAAGUCCAGGACCCAACAGACCGCGAAGUCCCCGCGAUUCUACACCGAGCGAAACCAAGUGCCGGAGGUCCACGGCGAAAUGUCGGUGCGAUCCUCGUCUCUGGGGCCGGCGGAGGUAACGUUAUCACUCACAGUUUCUCUUGUUACUCGUAACUGAUGCGAGCUGAUGCUACUACAGGCGUCUCGGGCCCAAACGGCAUCUACCCCUCCCUCGCAACCAAACUCGCAACCCACCACAUUCCCACGCUACGGCUCGACUACCGCGCACCUUCCCGCACCCCACAGUGCACGAAUGACAUAUUGGCGGGGAUGGAUUGGAUGGAGAGGGAGGAGGGGGUUGAGGGUGUCGUGCUUGUUGGAUGGAGUUUUGGGAGUGCGCCGACGAUUGGGGUUGGGGCGAGGGAGAGGAGGGAUGGGGCGAAGGGGAGGGUUAGGGGGGUUGCGAAUGUUGCGCCGCAGACGGCCGAAACGUCGGGGAUUCACGAUCUUGCGCCCACGCCUGUUCUCUUCCUCCAUGGCACGGGCGAUGCGUGUCUAUCACCUCGAUGUAGCCAAAAUCUCUACGCCAGUUACGGAGAAUAUGGCUCUCGUGAGAUCGAGCUGUAUGAGGGCGAUAACCACGGCUUGACGAACAGCAGCGCAAAAGCCGAACGCAGGCUUUUCGAAUUCAUCACAAGGUGUCUAGGGGUCUCGGCUGAGGAGGAAACAGCCCAGGCGAAGUUGGCGGAUGGAGAGGAAGGGGUACAGAUGAUGAAGGAGGGGCAUGACUUGGAGCAUGGAGAGAGGCUUUGAGCGGCAUCGAACGUGAAAGGCGGGAUGCCAAAUUACAGCCAGCAUUCCAACGUGCUUAUAAAACCUGCUCUCCCACGGUGACAUGCACCCCCU